GCGAAACAUACAUCGCAAUGGCCAAAACUCCACCAUCUUCCACGAGCUACCUGCUCAUCAUCCUAGCACUAGCACUAGCACUAGCAGCCUCUGCCGUCGCUGCUGGAAGUGGAAACGGGAGCUGCAUCCCGGCAGAGAGGGCGGCGCUGCUCGCCUUCAAGGCCGCCAUCACAAGCGACCCGGCGAACCUCUUUGGCUCAUGGCAUGGCCACGGCUGCUGCCAAUGGGGCGGCGUGAGGUGCCACAGCCGGACAGGCCACGUCGUCAAGCUCGACCUCCACAACGAAUUCAUCGAAGAAGAUUACGGUUCUUUUUGGUUCCCUGGUAACCAUUCGCUGCAUGGCCAGAUAAGUUCUUCGCUGCUCGCUCUGCCCCAUCUCAAGCAUCUGAACCUUAGCGGGAAUAUGGUUCUCGGAGAAGGAAGGCCUAUACCAGAGUUCAUGGGUUCCCUCGGGAGAUUGACACACCUUGACCUAUCUUCCUUGAAUUUUAGUGGUAGAGUGCCUCCUCAGCUAGGCAACCUAUCCAAACUCCUAUAUCUUGACAUAAACUGUGGUAGGACCUCUGAUAUGAUGACAUACUCAAUGGAUAUUUCUUGGUUAGCCCGUCUCCCCUCGCUGAAGCAUCUCGACAUGGGCGGUGUGAACCUUAGCGCAGCGGUAGACUGGGUUCAGACACUAAAAAAGCUUCCGAACCUGGUUGUCUUGAAACUCAAUUAUUGUGGCCUUAAUGAUUAUAGUAGUACGUCUCUCCUACUCCAUAACCUCACGGUUCUUGAGGAACUUGAUCUCUCAAACAACCAUUUAAACAGUCCAGCUAUAAAGAAUUGGCUUUGGGGUUUAACAAGCCUCAAAAGCCUAAUCAUAUACGGUGCUGAAUUAGGCGGAACUUUUCCUCAGGAGUUGGGAAACUUGACCUUAUUAGAGACCCUUGACCUGUCAUUCAACCACAUCAAAGGGAUGAUACCGGCGACUCUGAAAAAAGUCUGUAAUUUGAGAUAUCUAGACCUCGCAGUGAACAACAUCGAUGGGGACAUAUCAGAACUAAUUCAAAGGCUACCGAAUUGUUCUUCUAAGAAUCUGCAAGUCCAGACUUUGGGAGGGACCAACAUCACAGGGACAACAUUGCAAUCACUUGUAAACCUAUCCAGCUUAAACACGCUUGAACUUAGUUUCAACCACUUGAGAGGUUCCGUGCCCGUGGAGAUUGGGACACUUACAAAUUUGACCAACUUGUCCCUUAAGUUUAACAAACUUACUGGUGUGAUAUCCGAGGAUCAUUUUGCUGGUCUGAUGAAUUUAAAACGAAUUGACUUGUCUGAUAAUAAUGGUUUGGCAGUCAUCGUGGAUUCAGAUUGGGAACCUCCCUUCAACUUGGAAUUGGCAAGGUUUGCAUCUUGUCAUUUGGGCCCCCAGUUCCCUAAAUGGCUGCGAUCGCAAAAAGGCACUGUACUUCUUGAUAUUUCAAACGCAGGUAUCCAAGAUAGGAUCCCAUAUUGGUUCUGGACUACCUUUUCGGAUGCGCAGUUUUUAAAUGUCUCAUUUAACCAAAUUAGUGGUGAGCUGCCACCUAAUUUGGACUUCAUGUCAAUGGAAAUACUUUUUCUCCAGUCAAAUCAUCUAACUGGUUUGGUACCACGAUUACCAAGAACAAUUGUAUUCUUCGACAUCUCCAGAAAUUGUUUAAGUGGGUUUGUGCCAUCAAAUUCACAAGCUCCAUCUUUAGAGACUGUCGUUCUCUUUUCCAACUGUAUAACUGGGGCUAUUCCAAGGUCAUUUUGUCAGUGGUCAAAUCUGCGGCUCUUAGAUCUUUCGAACAAUCAGCUUGUAGGUCAACUUCCUGACUGUGGCAGAAAAGAACCGAGACGAUGGCAUAACACAAGCAACAACACUUCAAGGGUCAGAAUCACAAGCCAUUUCGGUUUGGAAGUCCGUACUCUCCUUCUAAGCAACAAUAGUCUUUCGGGUGGAUUCCCUUCACUCCUACGACGGUGCCGCAAUCUUCUUUUCCUCGACCUAGCUCAAAAUAAAUUGAGUGGAGACCUACCUGCAUGGAUUGGUGAUCGAAUGGCAGCUUUGAUCAUGCUACGCUUAAGAUCGAACAACUUCUCCGGUCACAUUCCAAUUGAAAUAACCGGACUUCUUGCUCUUCGCAUCCUUGACCUAGCUAAUAACACCUUUUAUGGGGAUAUUCCACAAACUUUAGUGAACUUCAAAGCUUUGACUGCCAUUAAUGAAGCUGUAGAUCCAGAUAACAAUCCUUUCACAGAAGAAUAUAUUGGAGCGAUGUCGUACGACAAUAUGGGGCUGACUGAUGAUAGUUUAUCAGUUGUCAUAAAAGGCCAAGUGCUUGCCUACAGGGAGAAUAGUGUAUAUUUGAUGAGUAUUGAUUUAUCCUGCAACAGUUUAACUGGAGAAAUCCCAGAAGAUAUUAGCUCUCUUGUUGGACUCAUAAACCUGAAUUUGUCAUCAAACUUCUUGAGCGGAAAUAUCCCAUACAAGAUUGGAAAUCUGCAAGCACUCGAGUCUCUUGAUCUCUCAAAGAACCAGCUUUCUGGUGAAAUUCCUUUGGGCUUAUCAAAUCUGGCAUCAUUGAGCUAUAUGAACUUGUCAUAUAAUGGUCUAUCAGGUAGAAUACCAUUGGGGCGUCAACUAGAUACCCUUAAAACAGAUGAUCCAGCUUCUAUGUACCUUGGCAACCCAGGUCUUUGUGGACGUCCCCUUCCAAAGCAAUGUCUUGGAGAUGAACCAACUCAAGGAGAUUCAGUAAGAUGGGAUAAAUAUGGUCAAUCUCAAAUGGAUAUUUUGUUUAGCCUCAUUGUGGGGUUUGUGGUAGGACUCUGGAUGGUAUUUUGUGGCCUUGUGUUCAUGAAGAAAUGGAGGUACACUUAUUUCAGAUUACUUGAUAAGUUAUGUGACAAGGUCUAUGUCAUCUCUGUUGUUACUUGGCACAAAUGGUCCAGAAACGUUGGGGAAAAUUAAGCUACUUAGCUACACAAAUAAGGAGGAUGCAGAACUUAAUAGUAUACAUAUUAAUUUUCUGUGUCCUGCUUUCUCAUUGAGAAUACCAUCACUAUAAGGUGAAGUCAAUGUAUCUCGUUACUGGUUGAAUGUUAAAGUUUGCUUGUUGUGCUUGUUAGAUGUUAUGGUACCAACCAGAGUCAUGUAACUUGUGUACGGUGUUUUAUAAACCUACACGUAUCUAGAUUGGAUGUUUAUUAAGUUUAGUAACCAACUUAAUCUAGAGAUUUGAGUCGGUUGUAACAAUGUAAAUCUCUUGACCAGAGUUAUGGGUCCCCUUCAAUAAAUUCCACGCGGCCUCUCCCCAGAGGUUACAACGCUUUACCAGAUGACGACCGUGGGCUACGGUGGCCGUCCUCCUAUUCCUCGCCAUCGCUUGUUCAUAGACGACCUUACAUACAGUUUCGCCGCGCCAAAAGGCGGUUUGCUCAUCCUGGACGGCGGCGUUCUCAGCGAUUAGUGGACCCAUGACUGCUGGGGAGUAUACAACUUUGGCUGCCGUACCAGGCCCUCACGGCGGACAUGCAGCGUUCGACGUCACGCACACCAAGCCCGCACGCCCGUC